AUGGCUUUGAACAGCUUCCGAACCCGCAACAUCAUGCACACAGAGGUGAUACACACUAAUCAGGAGGAACAGCGGUUUUCUCCAUCCUGCCGCUAUAAUUGUGAUGAUCCCUUGGUGUCGAUGCUGCCGCAGACGUCCUUUCAGAGCUCUUCGGCAUUCUCGGACAACCACUCCCCCCGCUUCGCCAAACUCAAUAGAAGAGACGGAGGUGGGGGCUGGGCUCCACGCCGGACGGACCGGCACCAGUGGCUGCAAGUUGACCUUCGGGGCAGGGUUGAGAUCACAGCUAUUGCCACACAGGGACGCUAUGGCAGCUCCGAUUGGGUAACAAGCUAUCUGCUGCUGUUCAGCGACACGGGCGGAGCGUGGACACAGUAUAAACAGGAGGACAGCCCGUGGACAUUUACCGGGAACACGAACGCAGACGGCGUGGUCCACCACCGUUUUCCACACUCUCUCAGAACCCGAUUCCUGCGCUUCGUCCCCUUGGACUGGAGCCCCAGCGGCUGGGUGGGGCUCAGAGUGGAGGUGUACGGAUGCACAUACAAGUCAGACGUGGCAGACUUUGACGGCAGAAGCUCUCUGUUGUACCGGUUUAACCAGAAGUCCAUGAGCACGGUAAAGGAUGUGAUCUCCCUCAAGUUCAGAAGCCAGCAGGGGGAGGGGGUGCUGGUGCAUGGAGAGGGCCAGAGAGGCGAUUACAUCACCCUGGAGCUGCACCGGGGCAGGCUGGCCCUGCACCUCAACCUUGAUGAUGCCAAGCUCCGCUCCAGCAGCAGUCAUGUGCCGGUGACCCUAGGAAGCUUGCUGGAUGACCAGCACUGGCAUUCUGUCCUCAUUGAGCGUUUCAACAAACUGGUGAACUUCACCGUGGACAAACACACUCAGCACUUUCGCAUUAAGGGCGAUGGAGACUCUUUGGAGGUGGACUAUGAGCUCAGCUUCGGGGGCAUUCCGCUGCCAGGCAAACCAGGGACCUUCCUGAGGAAGAACUUCCACGGCUGCAUGGAGAACCUCUAUUACAAUGGCGUCAACAUCAUCGACCUGGCCAAGAGACGCAAGCCCCAGAUCUACAGCGUGGGCAAUGUGACCUUUUCCUGCUCGGAGCCUCAGCUGGUGGCAACCACCUUCCUGAGCUCCAGCUCCAGCUUCCUGAUGCUCCCGGCACAGCUGGCAGUGGACGGUCUCUCUGUACGCUUCCAGUUUCGCACCUGGAACCGGGAUGGACUGCUGCUGUCCACCCAGCUGGACCAGGACCCGGAACGUCUGGUUCUGCAAAUCAGAGAGGGACGACUCCAUCUCACACAUCACAGAUCAGCCCUGCAGAAAUCCGAGAUCUCUACGGGCCACAGUUUGAAUGACGGCUUGUGGCACACGGUCAGUCUCAGUACGAGGGGUCAGCAUGUCUCUCUGACUGUGGACAAUGAGCGGGCAUCAGUCAUGGAACUGGACGACCACAUUGAUUCUGGCGACAGCUUCUUCUUUGGAGGUUGCCCCGUGACCCCAAACAACCCAGGCUGCAAGAACCCAACUUUGGCCUUUCAGGGGUGUAUGCGUCAGAUUGUCAUCAAUGGACAGCCCAUGAAUUUGUUCCACGUGCAGCAAGGGCUGCUGGGAAACUACAGCCAACUUCAAAUUGAUGCCUGUGGUAUCCGUGAUAGGUGUUUACCUAACUUCUGUGAACACGGCGGCCGCUGUUCGCAGUCCUGGAGUUCCUUCUACUGCGACUGUUCUGGCACAGGGUACACUGGGGCUACAUGUCACAACUCAAUCUAUGAGCCUUCCUGUGAGGCAUACAGACAGACAGGAAGCUCCUCUGGCUUCUUCUCCAUUGAUCCAGACGGAAGCGGUCCUCUCGGCUCAACGUUGGUGUACUGCAACAUGACAGAAGAUAAAGUAUGGACUGUGGUGGCUCAUAACAGCACAGAGUCAGUCAGUGUCCAAGGCUCCACAUUGCAGAGACCCUAUAUCACGCGCUUCAACUACAGUGCCUCGCCCCAACAGCUGCGUGCCCUGGUGACCGGGUCUGAGCACUGUCAACAGGAAGUGAUAUAUCGCUGCAGGAAGGCCCGCCUCUUCAACACUUGGGACGGAACCCCCCUGUCCUGGUGGGUGGACAGGAGUGGGGAGAGGCGCACCUACUGGGGGGGGUCCCUGCCUGGGGUGCAGCAGUGUUCCUGCAGCCUAGAGGAGAACUGCAUGGACAUGAACUACUUCUGCAACUGUGAUGCAGACAGAAACUCAUGGGCCAACGACACUGGUCUGCUCUCUUACAAAGACCACUUGCCUGUGAGCGAAAUUAUGAUCGGCGACACAAAUAGAACGGGCUCAGAGGCCAUCUACAAAAUCGGGCCGCUCCGUUGCUAUGGUGACAGAUUUUUUUGGAAUUCAGCAUCUUUCUACCAAGAGUUUUCGUACCUACACUUCCCCACCUUCCAAGCAGAGCUCAGUGCUGACAUUUCCUUCUACUUCAAGACCGCAGCAGCCUCCGGAGUCUUCCUGGAGAACCUGGGCGUCAAAGACUUCAUCCGAGUGGAGCUGAGCUCUCCAUCGUCGGUGACGUUCUCCUUUGAUGUGGGGAACGGGCCAGCAGUCCUGGUGGUCAAGUCCCCCGUGCCCUUGAAUGACAAGCAGUGGCACUACGUGCGGGCGGAGCGCAACGUUAAGGAGGCGUCCCUGCAGGUGGACCAGCUACCCCUGCGCUUCCUGGAGGCCCCGCCAGAUGGACACUUCCGCCUACAGCUGAACAGCCAGCUGUUUGUGGGAGGAACAGCAUCCAGGCAGAGGGGCUUCUUGGGCUGCAUCCGGGCGCUGACCAUGAAUGGGCUCACCCUGGACCUGCAGGAGCGGGCAAAGGUGACGCCCGGGGUGAGCGGGGACUGCCCGGGUCACUGCAGCAGCUACGGCAGCCUGUGUCACAACAGGGGGAGGUGCGUCGAGAGCAACAAUGGCUACGUCUGCGACUGCACCCACUCCGCCUACAGGGGCCCCCACUGCAAGAAAGAGGUGUCCGUGGCCUUCAAGAGCGGGUCCUCAGUCACCUACACUUUCCAGGAGCCAUUCUCCGUCAUGCGCAACAGGAGUACACAGUCCUCCGCAAUCUACGCUGAGAACAGGAAGUCAAGGGAGAAUGUGGCCUUCAGCUUCCUGACCACCCAGGCCCCGGCCAUGCUGCUCACCACAAACUCCUACUACCAGCAGGGCAUGGCCAUCAUCCUGGCCCACAACGGGAGUUUGCAAAUCUUUUAUCGGCUCAACAAGGAGAGGAGGCCAGACAUCUUCACCCCCACAUCCAAAAGUCUGGCUGACGGGCAGCUCCACUGGGUCAGACUGCACCGCGAGGGAAAGGACAUUUAUGUUCAGAUUGACAAGGACAUCAACCGAAAAUACAGUCUGACGUCCGACACGGAGCUGAACACCAUCAGAUCCCUGACUUUGGGCAAGGUCACAGAAAGUGAGGUCAUCGAUGAGGAAGUGAUGGCAGCCGGAUCCAGGGGCUUCAUUGGCUGCCUGUCUUCAGUCCAGUUCAAUCAGGUGGCUCCACUGAAAGCAGCCCUGCUGAAUCGAGGCAGCUCAUUGGUCAGCUUACGUGGGCGUUUGGUAGAGUCCAACUGCGGGGCAUCAGCUGACAUGACUACAUCACACUCUUUCUCAGAUCACUCAGAGAAAGCUGACAGAGGCAAGGAGCCAUUGAAAGAUGGAGCACAGAGUGAUUCGGCAGUAAUUGGAGGCGUGAUUGCGGCAGUGGUCUUCAUCACUCUGUGCGUGGUGGCAGUGAUGACUCGUUUCCUGUACCAGCACCGCAGGGCUGAGCAGGCAGCGGCGGUCCAGGAGAAGGACCACCGGCACAGCCUGGAGGCAGCCUAUCGAGCAGAACUGGAGCAUCAGAACCACCGGCUCAGCUUGAAAGCAGCCUACCGCACUGAACUGGACCUUCAGAACUCGGUGCGGGACAGCAGGAAGGAGUACUACAUCUGACACCCCCGUUGCCCCUGGCCUUUCCUGCCCUCCUCUUGCUGAGUCAUAUGACUGGAGAAACUACGCCUUGGUUUGGCCAAUUAGAGACAUUUUCGGCAUGCAACCGCCCUUUUGGAAGGA